AUGGAGCAAACCCUAGCCCCUGGCAUCGUUGUGCUCAACAAAAAAUACUUCCCUAGGGACGCCCUAAGUGCGGCUCAAGUCGGUGCAAGCGCCUUUACUUUCUCCGUCUUACGUAUCCUCCUCGAGGCUAAGAUCCUAUCCCGUGUAGUCCUCUACUCCCGGAACGAGAACAUUACCACUCCCUACUACCAAGUCGAGCAAGAUUGGCAGGGUGUCCCGGUCGUGACUGUCUAUUUCCACUUCCGCAUGACGAAGUCAACCGUCGCUCAGGUACUGAGCGGAGCAUUUGAGUACAUGUCCUCUCGGGGAAGAAAUAUCUCCCCGCCGAUUGUCUAUUACCAGACGGACACGCUGCUCCAAUACCACCCCCAGGGCUAUCAGUUCUGUGUUACCCACCACGGACCGUUUGUAUCCCACUUCACGGAGCAGUUCUCGUCAGAACUCGCCAGGCUUGCGUUUGGAGGCGAUGCAAACAAGGUUGACGUUCUUGAACAACAGCAGAGGACCGGGAUCCGACGUCUGUUGCAAGACAACCUCGGCACCGUUCUGGCCCACUCGGGGCUCCAGCAACGGGUACUCAAGGAUGAAGGGCUGGCAGCGGGCCGCUUCAAGCGUCUCCGCCCCCCGAUCGGCGUACCUCCCCUCCAGGAUCCGGCCAUCCUACCCCAACGGAUACAAAAGUUCGUCGCAUCGUCCGAGAUCUUGCUCUACACCGCCGUCGCACGACUCGAUUACUUCAAGAACGUCGAGCUACUGGUAGAAUCAGGUCUCGAGCUCCUGCGCAGGGGUCUGCCGGUCAAGGUGCUGAUCGUGGGAGACCCCGAGGGCGACGACGGCCGUCGGCAAGCUCUGCUGUGCUCCGUACCGGCAGAUUUGCGAAGCCACUUCCUGAUCCUGCCACGUCUCUCCAAAGAUCAUCUCUACGCUCUGUUCGCCGCAACGCGCCACAACGGCGUCUUCCUGUGCCCGUCGCGCUAUGAGACGCUAGGCAUCACGCCGCUCGAGGCAGCAGCCGCCGGCGUGACGACCCUCAUGACGGAGACACCCAACGUCGAGGCCCUGGCGUUCAUGCCUUCGCUGUGCCGCGUAGCUCAGGAUUCUAGAAGCAUAGCCGCCAGGGUCGAGAGGAUCCACUACGACGGCGUUCCGAUCUGGGCCGAGAUCGUCGAGUCCUACGUGCGUCCCCGGACCUCGCUCGACGGCUUCAGGGAAGACCUGCUCAGAGCCUGGGCGGACAUGUCCAAGUCCGGUGUGCGCGCUGGUGUCGCAACACGCCGGGGCGCCGUGUCGGGCUCGACGCGCAUAAGGCGGCCGAUCCUGACCACCAUGGUACCGGGGAAUAGCCUUUGGGGCAUGCUGGUACAUUCACCCUUGUCGCCCAUCUCGAUGGGCAUCGCGAUCUAG